AUGCCAACACUGCUUCCUACGGAUCCGCGGCUUCAGCUUUCACACAUUGAGUUCACAACCUUUCACGAUCUGCUCCUUACCUUCGACAGCCCAAGGAAAACCUUCGGAGCUCCUUUUUACAUUCGCAGACGCCGAGAAUUUACAGCAAGGCUGUACAAGGAGGCACGGACGCUGCCAGGGCUCCAUGCACUUGCGUUUAUGGAUGGCCCAUACGGAGGCAUCGAUAAGCAGAAAUACUUCGACAGCGAUCGCAUAAUCGUUGUAGCUGGUGGUUCAGAGGCUGGUUGGGAUGCUCUGUAUCGUUGA